AUGUCCACAUCCACAAAUAUAUCCACAUCUGGUUACGUGGCUAGAAGAUCUGUACCGGCCACACGUAAGCAACGGCCAGCUAGUAUUGCCGGUACUGGCAUGUCGCUGGAGGACCUUAAUAAACACAAAAAAGAUAACAGGCCGCCAGUGAAGGCUUCAACACCUUCAUCUACGACAACUACAACAUCAGCACAAAAUACCCCCAAACGAACAUCAAAUAUGAUGUCGACCUCAAUGUUUGUGUCAUCUUCUUCACGUUUGUCCAGCGCCGAAAAGAAACCCUCAGCUAAACGGGAGUCAGUAACACCCAAAGCCACCACACCCAAAUCGCUUUCAAAAACGCCCAGUUCGGAUCGCUUGAAUAGAUCCAGUAAAGAC